CAGCUUCCGGCCGGCCGGGCGCCGUGGAGGGCGAGGAGCGAGGACGCGGUCGCGCGUGCGGUCGGGGGCGUGUCGGCGGGAAGGCGCGGGGCCGGAGCUCGCGGAGCCGGCCUGUGUGAGCACGGUGAGGCGGGGCGAGCGGCGGCGGGGAGCGGCCCGUGCUGGCGAGGUGGGCGCGAUCCCGUCCCCGGCUUCCGCGGGGCCUGGAAGUGAAAACCCCGGUGGGGGUUUGGUCGGUUUUCGUGGUGGGCGGAAGUAAUGUCCAGGAACUGCCACUGAAGAGUUUCCAAGUGUCGGUGGGGAGCCGCUUGAGCCAGGUCUCACACCGCCAACUUGUGUGGCCCCAGUGACUUUCCUCCGCAGCCUCCUUCCCGUAGAGAGCCCUACUCUUCCCGGCCCCCUGGGAUUUCUUUCCGAGGUGACCAUGGAUGCUUCGACUCCUUUACCUCCCGCAUCCCCUUCCCCGAGGUGCAACCCGGCCCCACGCACAAUCCACAUUGAGUUCCCUCAUCAUAGCUCUUCGCUGCUGGAGUCCCUGAACCGCCACAGGCUGGAGGGGAAGUUCUGUGAUGUGUCCGUCCUGGUUCAGGGCAGGGAGCUCAGGGCUCACAAAGCAGUGUUGGCCGCCGCCUCGCCUUACUUCCAUGACAAGCUGCUUUUGGGGGAUGCGCCCCGACUCACCUUGCCGAGUGUCAUUGAGGCAGACGCCUUCGAGGGACUGCUUCAGCUCAUUUAUUCAGGGCGCCUCCGCCUGCCACUGGAUGCUCUCCCUGCCCAUCUCCUAGUAGCCAGUGGCCUUCAGAUGUGGCAGGUAGUAGAUCAGUGCUCUGAGAUUCUUCGAGAACUGGAAACGUCCGGUGGCGUUUCGGCCGGUGGUGGAGCCUCCUACCACACACUGCUUUCCACAACCUCUUCCGGAGGCUGGUGCAUUCGCUCUUCCCCUUUCCAGAACCCAGUGAGGUCCUCUGCUUCUGCUGAGAGCCCCCUCGGAGCGGAGGGGAGUGAACUGGAAGAAGUGUUACAGAUUCAGGUGAAAGAGGAGGAGGAGGAGCAGGGCUCAGCGGCCCCGCUCUUUCCGACUCCUCAGGCCCAGAGUGUAUCAGAAGGGUUUCCCCAAGCUUGUGGGUCCCAGCCACUGCCUACAUCUGCUCUCCCCAGCAGGCCUCCAGAGGAGGAGAGUCCAACAGUUGAGGCUCCUGCCCCUCCUGUUCGAGCUUCCCAAAUCAUAUAUGUUAAUCAGGAGACCCUGGACUCUAAGGAGGUGACCUCAGGAGGUGGGACUCCACCUGGAGGAGCAAAGGAGAAGACCAAAGUUCUGCCAGGAGGGGACUCGGAGGGAAACGGGGAGCUAAGGUACUUGCUGUCCUCUGGAGGAGGGGAAACGUUGGGGGCAGGAGAUGCAUCCUGGAAACCGGUGGACCUUCACGGGAAUGAAAUCCUGUCUGGGGGUGGAGGACCGGGAGGAACAGGGCAGGCUGUGCAUGGGCCUGUGAAGCUAGGAGGGGCACCGCCUGCAGAUGGAAAAUGCUUCGGUUGCCUGUGUGGAAAACGGUUUGCAGUGAAGCCAAAACGAGACCGGCACAUCAUGCUGACCUUCAGCCUUCGCCCCUUUGGAUGUGGUAUCUGUAACAAACGCUUCAAGUUGAAGCACCAUCUGACGGAGCACAUGAAGACCCACGCUAGAGCUCUGCAUGCAUGUCCCCAUUGUGGCCGCCGGUUCCGUGUCCAUGCCUUUUACCUUCGCCAUCGAGACUUAUGCAAGGGACAGGGCUGGGCCACUGCCCACUGGACUUACAAAUGACUGCAAGGACAAGACAGCCGCUGCCACUGCUGCUGAAUUCUCGCCCUUCACCACCUCAGUCCUGGGUUGUGUAAUCAUCAUUCCAAGAGAGUCUAUAUGCCAUGAGCCCCUUAGUCUUGGGUGUGGGCCUCGCCUGGUGUAUUUGGAAGUUCAGUUUCUCAAUCCAGGCAUUAAACAGACUGUAGAGAACGUCAUACUUUUGAGCACUUAACCUAAAUGGCCCUUUUGUAUUGAUAGCCAGUGAGGAAACCACUGACUUGAGAUUAUAUUAGUGGGAGAAGAGUUGGAGCAAAAUAACCUAAUAACUUUUACUUCAUCUUUAUGAGGAGGAAAGGAAGCUUCCAGAGGAAAGGGAGCUUCCAGCUAGGAGUGUGUUUGAUUCAAGAGCUCAAGUACUUGGCAGGCCAAGCUCUAAGAGGCCUCUCCCUCACUGUUGGCAGUGUUGGUUCUAUACGUCUUUUUGUCGUUUCUUUCCAGAUUGUUAGCUUCUACUUUGCUUUCUCACCAGCAGACACCUUCCCAAGUAUCCUUUAAAAAAUGUACUAGAGCGUGCAACAGAUGUAGUGGCACAUGCAUUUAAUCCCAACACUUGAGAUGCAGAGGCAGGUGGAGCUCUGAGUUCCAGACCAGCCUGGCCUACAAAGGAGUUCCAGGCCAGUGAGGGCCACAAGGUGGGACCCUGUCUUUAGAGAGAAAAAAAAAAAAGUACUUGAGCACUUUAACAAAUUGAGCAUUUCACAUGUCAUUCCGAAACCGUGCAAUAGAGGGUUUUCCCUCAAUAGCCUUUGCCUCUUGUCUACCUUUGACUACCACUGAUAGCUUGCUUAUGAUCACAGUGACAAAUGUGACCAGUGAACUCAGGAGAUGGCAGCUGACCUACAAUGCUCUUAGGGUAGCACCAUUGCUCCCUGAACAAAUUGCCCUGAUGAGAGGGACUCAGGGUUGGGACCAUGCAUGGUGACGUCUGCAGAGUAACUUCAGUGGGACCAUACUGUUUCCUUUUCCAUCCCAUCCACAUCCGAUAGAAACAACGCCUUCGUAGCCGUAGCGGGGUAGCUAGUAGAAUGAGAUGAAGGGAGAUUUGAAGCUACUUUAAUAAAGUCCAUCCUGAUAUCUA